AUGCCUCAUCUUUCGACGCUUAUGCCUAACUAUGUGACGGCAUCCAUUGCCCUAUCGUUCGGAGGGUUCCUGAACGGCUACGAUACAGGUUGCAUCGGUGCGAUAAUUCACAUGGAACAAUUUUCGGCUACUCUGGGAAACCUCUCUGCCACUGUUCGAGGCAUUACUGUGUCCAUGAUCCUCUUAACGGGCAUCUUUCCCUCUCUGUUUGCUGGCCAGCUCGCCGACAAACACGGUCGGCUCCGUGUCAUCCUACCCGGCGCUGCACUUUUCGGUCUAGGUGCCCUGCUACAAGCGACGUCUUUCAGCCUGGGGCAAUUCAUCUUCGGCCGGGCCGUCAGCGGCGUCGGCCAGGGAGCUUUCCUUGCUAACAUUGGGGUCUACCUUACUGAGAUUGCACCGUCGCAUCGACGCGGUCGGCUGGCGGCGCUACCGCAAUUCAUGGCGACGCUUGGGAUAUGCCUCGGGUAUUUCUCCUGCUACACGACGAGUUCCCUCAAAGAUAGCAUGGCGUGGCGACUUCCGUACAUCGUUAUGGUUGCGGUCUCUAUAAUGCUGGCCCUUGUUUGCCGCGCAUUGCCCGAGUCGCCGCGUUGGCUGCUACUUUGGGGGAGAACUUCUGACGCGAUGGCUGCGCUUGAGUUGCUCGACUUUGACAUGGAUGAGGCCCGCCGCGACUUUCUCAACACCCCGCAAGAGCAGCCAAGUCUCUCAGCUCGACAAAAUUUCCUGUUGCCAUUUAGAGGCCCGUAUCGGUCCAGGACGCUUCUGGCCCUCUUCAUUUUGUCGAUGGCUCAGCUGUCAGGGAUCGAUGCCAUUACCUACGUGGGUUGCUGCCUUCCCCGACCUUUCAGUUGA